CUUGGUAUUAGAGUUUCAAUAUCGCAUACGUCAAUACGAUACGUCAUUUAUCCCAUGUGAUGCAACCUGAGCUUAGCGCCUAGCGGGAAAACGCUCGGUAGUGGCGGGCGGAGGGCGCGCAACCCGACCUCCGCUCCGCUCACACCGAAUGUCGCGAAGAGACAGUGCGCCCCUCACAUCAACUAUUUCCAAAAGCCGAAAACGAGAUCAGUCGGGUUCUCAUGAGUGGUCUUUCAGGUAUAUGGUACAGAAGAAGGAUCAAACUACCACCAGGGUCAGAAAACUACCCCUAUAUAUGCCCCAAACUCCUACGAAAGCCUUGUCAAAUAUGUGUGCUUGGGCGCCGAAAUAUUUAAUAAUACAUGGCCCACAGUUUAUAUCCCAGGAAAGGCAACAAUAACCACUGAAGCAAAGAAAGAAUGUGAAUUAGUGCGUAAGACAAAAGGGCCGAGAGAAUAAGUAAUGACGAUAGCGUGCGGAGCGGGAAGGGACAGGUCUCAAGAAGAGGAAGCCGUUUGUUUACCGCCGCCGCCCGCUAAGCGAUUGUUGUCCUUCCUUUCGCGAGGCUGUGGGGACUGCCCUAAUAGUGGAGGAAUAAGACUUGUAACGUGUACCUUGUGACGCAUUCGUGCCUGGACGAUCUCUCUUCCUCCCCCAAUGGCCUCCACAUCUUCAGGGUGGAAGCAGGGUGGUGGUGACGACCCGGCGAAUCAUAUAAGGAUAAAACGCAAGAAAAAACGGAGUGUGGUGAGAGGUUCUUACAGCUUAGAGGACAAAGCGAAGAUCCUCAUGCUGAUAGAGAGGGGCUGGAAGAACUGUGAGAUCCAGAAAGCCACUGGGGUACCUGAGAGCACCCUAAGAAGCAUUAAAAAGAGGAAGGAGGACCUGAAAAAAUCCAUAGAGCUGGCCAAGAAGUACUACUCAGACAACAGCAGUGCAUCCACCACCUUGAUGAACGAGCUCACUGACAGGCGGCGCCUCAUCUCAACAACUGAACACAUGUUGGUGACCUGGGCACAGAAGCGCUUGAAGGAGAAGGGCACCCUUGACAGCUGCAUGCUGCGGAAUCAGGCACUCCUCUUUUUCCACAGUCUCAGCAAAAGACAUGGCAUUAAGGUUUCUCCUCCCUUCAAUGCAUCAUACGGCUGGCUGGCCCGGUUCAAGAAGCGUAUUGGCAUGGGAGAGGGUUUGGGUCACUCUGUGGGGACUAAGCCGGAGCAGCCCCCCGCCACUCCAACCCACAGGCCGCCAACCACAGUUUUUCAUGAAUUCAAGGAGGAGCCGCCCAGCCCCCCAAGUGAAGACCCGCUCGCCAUCCUGCCGGAGGAGGAGGCCAUUCUGCGGAGCGUCGGUGGCUCAAAAGUCACCACCCCGCAAGUCGUUAUCCCACUUGACGGCCAGAGCCUCGUCAGCCCGCCCGCCAUUGCUGACCAGAAUGUUUGGGUCAUCAACGAAGAAUAUGCCCCACACAGCAGUGACUCUGAGGCUACCCUGAGCGCCAACCCCUUCAAUAGUAACAGCGAUGACGAACAUGAGAAUGAUUUUGUUGGGUUUGAAGAUGAAAGGAUUGAGAUGGAGACGAAGGAGGAGGACGGAGGGGGCAUGUCAACCAAGGCAGCACCACCACUACCACCGCAGCACCAAAAAGCCACAACACCACCACCACCACCACAGAAUAAAACCACCACCCCAGACAUACCCCCAAGAACACCCAACUCUUCCUCCGCACCAAACGAAAUCACCCGCCCUCAACCGCCGCCCAGGACCUCCACGCCACCACACACAGAGUCUAAUAAGAACAGAGCACCCACACUGCGCCGCGUUCGGAUUAACAGAAACAGCACAUCCCCAGCCCGCCACACAAGCCCCAAUAAAGACGAGACAGCUAUUUCUCAGCACACAACAUUCAGUGAUAAGGGAACAUCUAUGCCUCAGAACACACCAUCCUUGCCUUCAUACAUACAACCUAAUAGAAAAAGGACACUCACACCUCACGCACAGUCUAGUGAAAAGAGAGCAUCCACUCACCACACACGGUCAAGUCAAGACAGAACCUCCACUCACCACAAACAGUCCAUUGAAAACGGGACUUCCACGCCUCACCACACACGUUCCACUAAAGACAGAACCUCCACUCACCACACAUACCCCACUGAAAACAGGACUUGCACAGCUCACCACACACACUCCACUCAAGACACAGCCUCCACUCACCACACCCCCCCCAAUGAAAACAGGACUUCCACGCCUCACCACACACGUUCCACUAAAGACAGAACCUCCACUCACCACACCCCCCCCACUGAAAACAGGACUUCCACACCUCACCGCACACGUUCCACUAAAGACAGAACCUCCACUCACCACACAUACCCCACUGAAAACAGGACUUGCACAGCUCACCACACACACUCCACUCAAGACACAGCCUCCACUCACCACACAUACCCCACUGAAAACAGGACUUGCACAGCUCACCACACACACUCCACUCUAGACACAGCCUCCACUCACCACACCCCCCCCAAUGAAAAGAGGACUUCCACGCCUCACCACACACGUUCCACUAAAGACAGAACCUCCACUCACCACACCCCCCCCAAUGAAAAGAGGACUUCCACGCCUCACCACACACGUUCCACUAAAGACAGAACCUCCACUCACCACACCCCCCCCACUGAAAACAGGACUUCCACGCCUCACCGCACACGUUCCACUAAAGACAGAACCUCCACUCACCUCACAUACCCCACUGAAAACAGGACUUGCACAGCUCACCACACAUGUUCCACUCAAGACACAGCCUCCACUCACCACACAUACCCCAAUGAAAACAGGACUUCCACAGCUCUCCACACACACUCCACUCAAGGCAGAAGCUCCACACAACACACACCAUCCCCCAAAGUACCACAGACACCCACUCCUAUGUGUAUAGAAUAUGAAGACAAGAGCCCACAGCAGCAGCACAGAACGCCAACCUCCCAGCUCACCCGGCCAGUUGAAGUGACACAGACAGGCGCCGUGGGGAGUGAGUUAUCCUGUAUGCCAAGCGUGGGGCAGCGGCAGCAGCAAGCUCUGUGUCUCGAGUUACAAGGGAGACAGACUGAGGAAGCUAAUGUCCACACAAGGUUAGCAGAGGUUACGCUUGAUAAUGAGAUGAUCAAACGGGAAAUCCUCAAGGAAGCGUUGUUGCAGAAGAGAUUAGAAACAGCGGUUCAAAGACAGAGAGCAUUGCAAAGUGGGGUAGAGUUGAGUCAGCUUAGUGAUGAGCCCAGUAAGUGUAAUGAUGAUUCCAGCAAGCCUAGUGAUGAGCCUGCCCAGCCUUGUGGUGAGCUGACCCAGGCCAGGGAUGCACCCAGCCAGCCUAGUAAUGGUACUACUCCCAAACACUCAAAGAAAGUGAGGAGACUCUUGGAGAAGGUUAAGUUGCUGGACAAGUGCAGAGAGGGAAUGAGCAACGGUGCUGUAGCAAGGCUUUUUAACCUCACCAAGAGCACGGUGCGCUACACCAAGAAACAUGAAGCCAGAAUACGCAGGUCCCUGGCAGCCUGCACUCCCCCCUCUGCCAAUCAAGUGGUGCAGGCGAGGAGCAGUACAGUGUCCCAGCUGGAGAAUGCUGUCUAUGUGUGGAUAAAUGAUCAAAAUAUGAAAAGAAAUUCCAUCGACGAUAAUGACAUUUGUGCAAAAGCUAAGUCUUUGUAUGAAAAGAUGACUGUGCCCGGAGCUGUCGGCCUUGCCGCCCCCAGCACCAGCGCUGCCCCGAGCCCCGCCCCGGCCACACAUCCUGAGUUCCGUGCCACCAAACGUUGGCUCCUAAGUUUCAGGCGGCGCUUCUCCGUGCGCAACAUCAAGACAUCGGGACAAUCAGCGUCGGCCGACCACGUGGCAGCAGCAGCCUUCCUCAGAGAACUAGAGAGCCUCAUUGAGGAGAAGGGCUACAGGCCGGAGCAGGUGUGGAACAUGGAUGAAACAGUCCUGUACUGGAAGAGAAUGCCGGCCAGGACCCUGCUCUCAAAGGGGAGGAGGGUGGCCAGGGACCGUUGCGCCCUGCUGCUGUGUGCCAACGCUGCCGGCCACCUCACAAAGCCGGGCCUUGUCUACACCUCCGCCAACCCCGGGCCACUCAGGCAGAAGAAAAAGAACCUCCUCCCAGUGCACUGGAUGACCCACAGCCAAGGCUGCACCACCAGCACCGUCGUCAUGGACUGGGCCCGCCACUGUCUGCUGCCAGAGGUGCAGGCAUACCUCUGGGGGCAGGGACUCCCACGGAAAUUCCUCCUCAUUCUGGACAAUGCCCUGGGCCACCACCAGGCCCUGGAGGGCAUGUUGGAAGGGGUGGAGGUUGUGUUUCUGCCCCCGAACACUUCCCCCCUCAUACAACCUCUGGAGCAGGGCAUAAUGGCUGCCUUCAAGGCAUGCUACACCCGGCGGUCCAUGCAAAGGCUCCAGGAGUCCGUGGACGUUGAGCCGAACCUGUCUGUCGCGGAUUACUGGAGCGGCUUCACCAUCGCUGACUGCCUGGUGCUGCUGCAGGAGACCUUGAGGGAUUUGCGCCCAAAGACAGUUAAUGACUGCUGGAGUGUUCUGUGGCCAGAGUGUGCCCAGGACUCCGAGGAACUCACAGCACAGGAGCAGGUGGCCGAGGCCGUGAGGAAGACGGUGGAGCUGGCCAGACUUGUUGGCGGGGAAGGCUUUGCCGACAUGGAGCAGGGCGAGGUGAGGGAGCUGCUGGAGGAGCACAGCGCGGCCCUCACCGACGAGGAGCUGCUGGAGAUGGUGCAGCCCAGCCAGGAGGAGGCGGAGGAAGACACCGAUGGUUCCCCGCAGCGGCCGGCCCUCACCCUUGACAAGCUGGGGGAGGCCAUGCGGCUGGCGGCACGGCUCAACAAGUACGUGUGUGACAUGGACCCGUCGAUGCUGCGGGCGCUGAUGGUGGUGGACAACAUCAACCAGGCCGUCGCUCCCUACAAGAAAGUGUUUGAGGACAUGAAGAGGAAGCAGAGGCAGUCCCACGAGCUUAUCAAGAUUGCGUCUGCGUCCCCACCACAGUCCCCUUCCCUCACCUCCCCUGAGCCUAAGUGUGUGGUUAAGGUGGAUGAGCAGCCUGCGCCCGUCCCUGCAUCUCAGCCUGACCAUGACACCUCUUCAUCCUCUUCACCUGGCUCAGACGACGACAUGGACUACACAACACCAGCUGACGAGGACACCAGCACUGAGGAUGAGGAGCUUGAUGACCUAUAGACACAUCUCGGACACUUCCGCCUCCAACAUCAACUAUUUCCAAAGCCCGAAAAAGAUGUCAACCAGGCUCUCAUGAGUGUUUUUUCACGUUGAUGGUACAGAAGUGUCAUGAAUCUACCACCGGGGCCAUAAACCUACCCAUGGAACUGCCUGCAACACCUACGAAAGCCUUGUCAAGUGUGUGUGUGUGUGUGUGUGUGUGUGUGUGUGUGUGUGUGUGUGUGUGUGUGUGUGUGUGUGUGUGUGGUGCCAAAAUGUUUAAAAAUAUUGCUUGUAAUCUCCUCAGGCCUUUUUUUUUUUUUUUUUUUUUUUUUUCUCAGAUGAGAUGAGUGAGAUUUUUCUUUUUCUUCUUUUCUCCUUCUUCUGCAUCUUCUUUUUAUUCUUCUUUGCUUCUUCUUCUUCUCUAACUACUUCUUUUUCUUCUUUGUAUUCUUCUUUAACUACUUUUUCUUCAUCUUCUAUUUCUUCUUCUUCAUCUUCUCCUUUUCCUUCUUCUCCUUCUUUUCCUCCUUCCUCCUCUUCCUCAUUUAACAGCCAUAUUUUCCCUCUUAACAACUCAUAACUUUCCAUAACAACUCAUUCAGUAUUAUUCUUUCUUGUGUGUGACUUGUUAUUUAAGACUUGCUCACUGUACUAUGUCAUUUUUGAUUGCAUAUUCUGUACCUCUCUCUGUACCCCAUAAUUACGCCAUGUGAUCUCGUAUUAUUCAGAAUGCCAAAGUAGUACACGUAAGGUUCCCAAGAAAUACCUGGGAUGAAAUUUUUGUAUCAAAUUCAAUACAGUAAUACCUUAGUUUACAAGUGUUUUUAUUUGCGCUAAAGAAAAAACCCACUAAAAAUACCUUGGUUUAUGAGCAGUGACUUGGUGUACGAGGACAUGGUGUGAGCUUGAGUUCCCUUUGUUCGCUGCAAGACGAGAGCGCUCAGAGCGGAUAACAAUGGCAGUGGGGUCUCAGUCUGCAUUGCGCACUCGCAGAGGUAGCACCCACUCGCUCGUGCCCGCUUACGUUUGUGCUUUAGUGUGUGAUCUUUGUGUUUUCAGCAUUACAGUGGACGUUCGUUUUGGUUUCCUAGAAGAAUUCUGGGACAAAUUAAGGUGUAAACUGAGGUAGGACUGUACAUCAAUGUGUGGAAAAUGAUCUUACUUUGCAUCAUAAACCCAAGAACAGUUACAUUCAGUUUAAUAUACCAGUGUGAAAGGAUAGUUUGUUACAUUAUGAAGCCUUGUACAAUUAUAUGAAGUUUACAAUACCAGUGUGAGAGAAUAGUUUGCCUUGCAUUAUGAAGCCUUAUACAGUUAUAUGAAGUUUAUAAUACCAGUGUGAAAGAAUAGUUUGCAUUAUGAAGGUCAGUACAGUUACAUUAAGUUUAAUAUACCAGUGUGAAAGAAUAGUUUGCAUUAUGAAGGUCAGUACAGUUACAUUAAGUUUAAUAUACCAGUGUGAAAGAACAGUUUACUUUACAUUACAAACCCCAGAAAAAUUACGUUAAGUUUAAUAUACCAGUGUGGAAGGAUAGUUUACAAUACACACUGAAGCCUUGUACAAACACUACCUUUCGCAUCAGGGAAGACAUUAGUGUAAGACUAUUGGAAACACCUCAUUACUUGGAGGGCUUUUGGACAUUAAAAAUAAGCAAAUAUAAAAGUGGAAUCAUUUAUUGAACUGGUGCCCCAAUUUGACCCAAUGGCUUUGUGAGGGUGUGUUAGGUUUAGUAAGAGUUGCUACAAGUAAAGUUAGGGGUAUACGCUAUAGCUGUGCAUGGCCUCAGUGCUCAUCUCUGUUGCACUGGUCCUUGAGUCUCCGUUGGGGGAAUUAGUAAAGAAAAAAAUCUAUAAAUAGUGAAGAGUGUUUGCUGUGUUGUAUGUAGCAUAAGCCCUUGAGUCUAUGGUGGAAAAGGUAGCGAAGAAAAAGAACAAGGAUUUAAAUUUGCUGGGUUGUAUGGAAGUCCUUGAGUGUAGUGGGAAAAUUAUAAUAAAAAUAAUAUGAAGAGUAAAGAAAAAAUCCAUGAAUAGUUAAAAGUGUUUGCUGUGUUGUAUUUAGCAAAACCCCUUGAGUCUAUGGUGGAAAAGAUAGCAAAGAAAAAGAACAAAGAUUAAAGAGCAUUUGCUGGGUUGUAUGUAAGUCCUUGAGUGUAUUGGGAAAAUUAGAAGAGAGAAAAUAACAUAGGAAAGAAUA